AUGAACUCACCAAUAGCAGAAUAUUCAAGUCCCGAUAUAAAUAAAACCUUGACUGCUGGAGAUGGUCCUCAUUCAACUAAUGGUAAAACCACCCAGAUAUCAGAAUUUGUCACUAAAGCUGGAGGAGAAGAUAGAGAUAAACCAACUGAGGCUAGUGAUAGUCAGUUAGGACAGUUGAGAGCUAAGAUUACAAGUUUACAAGACAAUAUCAAUGUGUUUUUGACCCAGAGGAUGAAACAAGUUAAGGAUGAAGGAGAUAUUGAAAGAAGGAUAUUGGAUGAUGGUGUUGAUGAGGACAGUGAUUAA